AUGAGCGUGAAGGAAGCGAAAGGUUGCAUGGUGGUUGGGAAAUACGAGUUGGGAAAAACCAUCGGAGAGGGGAGCUUUGCGAAGGUGAAGUUCGCCAGGCACGUCCACAACGGCAACUACGUUGCCAUCAAAAUUCUCCACCGUAAACAUGUCCUCCGCCACAACAUGAUGGAACAGGUGAUGGCAAGCAAAACAAAGAUUUAUAUUGUUCUGGAGUUUGUUGAUGGGGGAGAGCUAUUUGACAAAAUAGCUGCAAAGGGGAGACUUAAAGAAGAAGAAGCUAGAAAUUAUUUCCAACAACUUAUUAAUGCUGUUGACUACUGCCAUAGUAGAGGCGUGUAUCACAGAGAUUUGAAGCCUGAGAAUCUUCUUCUGGACUCGAAUAGUGUUCUUAAAGUUUCAGAUUUUGGAUUGAGUACGUACUCGCAGAAAGAGGAUGAACUGCUCCGCACUGCAUGUGGAACCCCAAAUUAUGUUGCUCCUGAGGUGCUUAAUAAUAAAGGCUAUGUUGGUUCUACAUCUGAUGUCUGGUCUUGCGGAGUCAUUCUCUUUGUACUUAUGGCUGGGUACUUACCUUUUGAUGAGCCAACUCACAUGGCUCUGUACAAGAAAAUUCUCAGGGCAGAAUUCUCCUGUCCAUCAUGGUUUCCUCCACAAGCGAAGGCACUGCUGAAACGCAUUCUUGACCCAAACCCUCUAACGGUAGCUUUGAAUAGGAUAAAAAUUCCUGAGCUCUUAGGAGAUGAGUGGUUCAAGAAAGGUUACAAACCAACAUCCUUUACUAAGGAAGACCUAAGUGUGGAUGAUGUAGCCGUUGCUUUCAAUGAGUCUAAUGUAAGUAUAGUGACGGAGAGAAAAGAGAAACCGGUCUACAUGAAUGCUUUUGAGCUCAUUUCUAGGUCACAAAGUUUCAAUCUUGGCAGUUUGUUCGAGAAGCAAACGGAUCAAGUAAAGCAAGAAACCUGUUUUACCUCACAUUGCCCUGCAAAUGAAAUUAUGUAUAAAAUCGAGGAAGCAGCCAAGCCACUGGGGUUUAAUGUACACAAGCAAAAUUAUAAGAUGAAGCUGCAAGGUGAUCGGAGCGGGAGGAAGGGUCACCUUUCAGUGGCUACUGAGGUACUGAAAAAUUUUCUUCUGAUGACAAUUGAAUCUGUCAGAAGAACACAUGAUGCAAUAGAUUUUAGUUGGCUUCUUUCGAAGAGGCUCCGACUGGAAUUGAUUGCUACAACUGGCUGUCUUUGGCGUCAGGUUUUUGAAGUGGCUCCCUCAGUGCACAUGGUGGAGCUGCGAAAGACAGGGGGUGAUACACUUGAGUUUCAUAAGGCAUGUCAAAGUUCCUACUCUUUGCUCCUAAUCCAGAAAGACAAUAGCUACCUUUUUGAAAUCUUCCCUCUUUGGUUUGUUUGCAGUUCUACGAAAUUUUCUCAUCAGGGUUGCAAGACAUUGUGUGGCAUACUGAAGGGAAAAAAUGAAGAAUUAAGGGAUGAAGUAAGGUUUGGUCAGAAAAACAAGAGAGAGAGUUUGGUUUGGCGAAAGUUGUUGAACGAUAUAUCUAACCCUUUUCGAAACUACCUCCACACAAGAUUAAUUAACAAGAUGAAGAAAGUAAUGAUGAGAGUGGAGAAAAUGCCUAAUAGCUAG